CUGUGCACCGCAUUCCCUCUCCCUCCAACAAAAAAGAAUCUCUCCUCCGCACCGCAGCAAUGACGUCCUUCAGCAGCCGUAGUUUUGUGUCCUCUGGAGGGGGCUUCGGUGGUGGCUCUCUGCGGGGUGCUUCUCUUGGAGGCAUGUCUUCCUCUUCAAUGAUGGGUGGAGGUAGUCGUAUCAGCGCCAUGCGUUCUGGCAGUGUGUAUGGGGGUGCAGGAGGCCGCGGGGUCCGUAUCUCCAGUGCAGCUGGCGGUGGCGGAGGAGCAGGUUUUGGCUUUGGUGGAGGUGCUGGUGGUGGAGCAGGUUUCGGGUUCGGUGGUGGUGCCGGAGGAGGCUUUGGAGGAGGUGAUAUGGACCUCAACGUGACCGUCAAUGAGAAAGCAACCAUGCAGAACCUGAACGACCGUCUAGCAACUUACCUGGACAAGGUGCGCUCGCUGGAGAAGGCCAACGCAGAUCUGGAGCUGAAGAUCAGACAGUUUCUGGAGAGCAAAACCUCCCCUGCUGCAAGAGAUUACUCUGCCUACCAGGCCACAAUCAAGGACCUGCAGGACAAGAUCCAAGAUGCCACUCGUGUGAAUGGAGGAGUCUACUUGUCUGUCGAUAACGCAAAACUGGCUGCAGAUGACUUUAGGACCAAGUAUGAGAAUGAGUUGACCAUGCGUCAAUCUGUGGAAGCAGACAUUGCGGGGCUGAAGAGACUCCUGGAUGAGCUGACGUUGGCGAGAUCUGACCUGGAGAUGCAGAUUGAGGGCUUAAAGGAGGAGCUUAUCUUCCUCAAGAAGAACCAUGAGGAGGAACUUGCAGCCAUGCGCUCUCAGAUGUCAGGAUCAGUGAAUGUAGAGGUGGAUGCAGCUCCACAGGUAGAUCUGAAUCAUGUGAUGGCUGAGAUCCGUGAGCAAUAUGAGGGUGUUGCUGCCAAAAACCAGCGUGACCUAGAGGCCUGGUUCCAAACCAAGUCAGAAACAUUGACUAAGGAGGUUGCUGCCAGUACAGAGACUAUUCAAGUGUCCAAAACCGAAAUCACUGAGCUCAGACGCACCCUUCAAGGCCUGGAGAUUGAAUUACAGUCAGAACUCAGCAAAAAAGCAUCUCUGGAGGGAACUCUUGCGGACACUGAAGGGCGAUUCUCCAGGCAGCUGAUGCACCUGCAGGCUCAAGUAACAAGUCUGGAGGAGCAGAUUGUUCAGCUCAGAGCUGACAUGGACAGACAGGGCCAGGAGUACAAAAUGCUGCUGGAUAUCAAGACCCGACUGGAGAUGGAGAUUGCGGAGUACAGAAGACUGCUGGAUGGGGGAGCAAGCAGCAUCAUCAGUACUGGUGGAGGUGGUGGUGGUGGCGGCAGCAGCACCAGCAGCAGCUCUACCAAAAGCAUCACUGUGAAAACCAUCGUGGAAGAUAUUGUCGAUGGACAAGUGGUCUCAAGUAGUAAAAAAUAAACACCAAAUCAAACACUGCUCUUCACCUGUCACACCAGUCUUUAGGGACUGAUGUUGAGAAUAAAAUUAGUGAUGGCACAAAAA